AUGAACAUCGCCCUCAAAGAAGCAAUGCCGGAGGCCUUGAUGGUCCGGAGCGCCCCCUCCCAUCCAGCCUCCGGAAUCGAGAUGCUCCCUCUUGACCCAUCAGCGAGCGCCCCGAAACAAAACCCUCUCAAGCAGCAUGCGGGUCUCGCGCCAACAUGGGAAGCGGCCCCUCCGCAAGGCUCGCCCGCCCGCAACGUCUCCGUGGCCAAGAGCGUCACCGUCAUCGUCACCCUCGCGGGCAUCAACUUCCUCAACACCAUGGGCUCGGGGAUCCUCAUCGCCGCCCUCCCGCGAAUCGCCGAGGACGUCGGCCUCGACGAGAGCCUGGUCCUCUGGCCCGCUGCCGUCUACAGUCUCGCCGCUGGCUGCCUGCUCCUCAUCUUCGGCGCCGUCGCCGACGUCGUCGGCGCCAAGCUCAUGUGGCUGACGGGCAGCUACCUCUGCGUCGUCUUCACCGUCGCCGUCGGCCUGUCGCGGACAGGCAUCCAGAUCAUCCUGUUCCGCACGUGCGCCGGCAUCGCCAUCUCCGCCUGCUUGCCGACCGCCAUGGCUUUCAUCACCAAGACGUUCCCCAAGGGCGGCUGGCGCAACGUUGCGUUCUCGAUGAACGGCAUUGGGUACCCGCUGGGCUACGCGCUCGGCCUGGUCCUGGGUGGCAUCUUCACCGACACCAUCGGGUGGCGGUGGGCGUACUACAUGAUGGCCAUCCUCAACUUCUGCCUGUCGACGGCGGCGAUCUGGUCUCUGCCAUCGGUGUACCAGCCAUCAGAGAAGAAGUGGACGCGCCGGCUGGCGGAAGACAUCGACUGGGCCGGUGCCGUGAUCAUGAGCGCCGCGCUGGGCCUCUUGUUGUACGUGCUGGCAAUGACGACGUCCUCUUACACCAAGAUUGGAGACCCGGCGAACAUUGCUCUCCUCGCUGUAGCGGUCGUUCUGCUGGUUGCGUUCCCCUUCUGGAUGAACCUGCAGACCACAAAGGGUCGCCCGGCUCUCAUCCCUAAUCGCCUAUGGCGCAACGCCUCCUUUGCGUCCAUCUGUGUGUCCAUUUUCUUGUGCUGGGCCUCGCUCAACGCCAUGCAAUACUUCAUCAUGCUCUAG